CGUGACCGCCGAUUCAACCUUUCCCCGCGAUUUUGCCCGUCUCCACCCAACAUCCAAGACCGAUCAGGGGUUCCCGACUUGCUCUCUGAACGUCUGCAAUGGCCCAGCUAUUAACGCCUCGACAGGCUGAGGAGCUACACCGAGCCCUCAUUGCCUAUCUGACCUCCAACAACCUGACCAGUACCGCUGCCGCUCUCAGAGCCGAACUCGGUCUUGGGGAAGAUGUCUUCGAUGCCGCUACAGCAAAGAAGUAUGAAGGCCUCUUGGAGAAGAAGUGGACCAGCGUUGUCCGGUUACAGAAGAAGAUAAUGGAUCUGGAAGCCCGCAAUGCUGCCCUGCAGUCAGAACUCGACAACUCGACUCCGACAUCACGGCAGAAUAAAGACCCAGUCAACUGGUUGCCGAAAUCCCCUGCGCGGCACACGCUGCAAUCACACCGCAGCCCCAUCACAUGCGUCGCCUUCCACCCGGUCUUCUCCUCGCUAGCUUCGGGCUCCGAGGACCAGACCAUCAAGAUAUGGGACUGGGAACUUGGAGAGCUAGAACGGACAAUCAAAGGCCAUACCAAAGCUGUAUUGGAUGUUGAUUUUGGUGGCCCGCGAGGGAACACACUCCUCGCCUCAUGCAGUUCGGAUCUCACCAUCAAACUCUGGGACCCGUCAGACGACUAUAAAAAUAUCCGGACAUUGCCCGGUCAUGAUCACAGCGUCAGUGCCGUUCGGUUCAUCCCCUCCGGCGUCGCGGGCGGCGCUGGGAAUCUCUUGGUUAGUGCUAGCCGAGAUAAGACGCUCAGGAUAUGGGAUGUGAGCACGGGCUAUUGCGUCAAGACAUUGCGAGGACACGCUGAGUGGGUGCGCGAUGUUUGUCCCUCGAUCGACGGCAGGUUCAUCCUUUCAACAAGCGAUGACUAUACAAGCCGACUGUGGGAUGUAUCGAUAGCAAACCCAGAGCCAAAGACAACGCUCAUCGGCCACGAGCACGUGGUGCUCUGCUGCGCAAUCGCGCCUGCCGCUUCCUAUCCUCACCUGGCGGCUAUCGCCGGAGUCAAGAAACCACCCGCCACCAGCGCGGUCGAGUUUAUGGCGACUGGGUCAAGGGACAAGACCAUCCGGCUCUGGGACGCUCGGGGCACAUGCAUCAAGAUUCUAGUCGGACACGACAACUGGGUGCGGGGCCUCGUCUUCCACCCAGGCGGCAAAUAUCUCCUCUCGGUCUCUGACGACUACACGCUGAGAUGCUGGGACCUUACACAAGAAGGGAGAUGUGUCAAGACGAUAUCGGACGCUCACGGUCACUUUGUGCAGUGCAUCCGGUGGGCCCCUUCCGUCGUCAAGGAUGUCCCCGUGGUUAACGGUGGGGAUGGGCAAGGUGCCGAGACAAAUGGCACGCCGAAGAAGUCAUCGGGGGCCGUCGAGGCCCAGCAAAUCCGCUGCGUUAUCGCGACCGGGAGCGUCGACCUCAACGUAAGGAUCUUUGCCAAUUGAAAGGACCGAUGAGCGUUCAGUGCAGCCACACGUGUAUGGGCAAGCCUGUCCGUGAUCAUCUCGGAAGUUAUCAGCGCGACCCGGGCGGGAGUGGAGAGAAACCAAAAAGAGGGGUGUCACACGAAGGCCGGACCUCAAAGAAGGGACUCCUGGGGAAGGUCAGUUGCGGAAUGGACCGAACGACUACUUUCCUCACCUAGUGUGCAGGGCCACGAGAGCGCCGCCUUUUCCGCAGGUAUCGACAUUGGUAUCUUCGAUUUCCGGGUCCGUCACUGUAUCCUGCUCCUUGGUUGAGCGAUUAGGAUCUCCCUUACCUAAGAUACCAAAGCUAUAGAUAGAUACCCCUAUGUUGAGCGAUUUAAUCCUUGGCGUCGACCUGGCCUACUCUUCAACGCGACGUCGAGCUCCAUGUCCGCAUUGUCAUUCAUGUUAACGAAGAAUCUCUGCUUCUCUUUGGGUGCCGCAAACUCGAAUUCCAGGUCUCAACAUCCAUAAGCUGACAAUGCCGGCUCGCUUUCCUCCCUGGUUCAACGGAUAACACCUCGAGGCCCUCCCAAAUGAAAUUCAUCGGAGAGGAAGAACAUGCUUCCGUUAGCGGGUAUGAUGGACGGCCAAUGACGGAAUUGCCGGAUCGCCACGAGGUCCCAAGCAACGAGUUGUAGCAGCAAGAGGUGUCUGACCGAGCUCACGACGACUGGUAAUGCUCGCUUCCAGCACCAGUUAGUACACUUCCUCGGCACAAUACCGACCAAGCCGCACGGUCAGCAUGUCGAGUCAGGGGAGUCAAACUGCCUUCGUCCCGGGACGUCUGAUCUCCCACUUCAGUGGCAGGUAAGCCAUAAACCUCUUUGCUUUCCCACCCAUGCGACGGCUAUCACCGCCCCAGGUCACGGCUUACAUUUUGCA